AUGGUAGCAACAGACGCAGAGAAGGACCCCGUGGGCGCCAAGGCUCAGCAUGCCCGGUCGAUUCCAUACUGGCGACAGGUGCUGGACCAGGGUGCCGUCACGCAAGAGAUCGCGCAGUUCGAUUAUCCGGGGUCGGGGACGGAGCAGGAUCCUUACGUGGUGUCAUGGAUCCCUAACGAUCCCAGAAACCCGAUGCUGUUGCAGACCUGGAGGAAAGUGACGAUCACCCUCGUCGUGUCGAUGGCAACUUUUGCCGUCGCUAUCGCAUCAUCCUGCUACUCGGGAGCAAUCAAACAAGUGGUUGAAGAUCUCCAUGUCGACAACGAACUCGCCACGCUGGGCCUCUCGCUCUUCGUUCUCGGAUUCGCGCUAGGACCGCUAUUCUGGGCCCCGUUGAGCGAAUUUGUCGGCCGGCAAUACCCCUUCGCGGUCUCGUUUGGCGCUAUGACGGCGUUCUUAGCGGGUUGUGCAGGAGCACCCAAUAUCCAGACUCUCUUAGUUUUGAGAUUCCUAGCCGGGGCGGCCGGCUCGGCGCCGCUGACGAAUGCCGGGGGCGUUAUAUCGGACAUGUUCAGGGCAGAGCACCGCGGUUUGGCGCUCAGUCUGUUCGCGGCGGCUCCGUGGCUCGGCCCGGUGCUGGGACCUUUCAUGGGUGGGUUCCUGGGGAUGAAUGCAGGGUGGCAGUGGGUGGAGGGGUUCCUGGCGGUCUUCUCGGCGCUGAUGUGGGUCAUCAUGGCCUGUUGUGUCCCUGAGACUUACGCCCCCGUGUUGCUCCGCCGUCGAGCCGAGCGGCUAUCCCAGAUCACGGGGAAGGUGUAUCGAACGAAAUUGGAUAUCGAGCACGGGGCGCGCAUGUCCGUGAAGCGGAUGUUUGGCCUAUCCCUGCUGCGACCAUGGGUUCUGUUGUUUCGAGAGCCGAUCGUACUCUUACUGUCAAUCUACAUCGCUAUUAUAUACGGCGCGCUAUUCAUGAUGUUUGCUGCCUUUCCCAUCGUCUACCAAGAAGGCCGCGGCUGGAACCAAGGCGUCGGCGGGCUGGCAUUCUUCGGCAUCAUGGUGGGCAUGAUCCUCGCAACGCUGUACUCCAUCCCCGACAACAAACGGUACCAAAACACGCAAAAGCGCCACGGGGGUUUCGCCCCCCAGAAGCCCGCCUACCGCCCCGUCGCGGGCGGCGCCCCCUUCGGAUUCGGCGUCCUCCUGAUUUAUCUCGGCAUCAUGAGCUACCUCAUCGAUUCGUACACUCUCUUCGCUGCGUCGGUCUUGGCUGCGAACUCCGUCACGCGGUCCUUCUUUGGCGCUGUGUUUCCGCUUUUCACAACUUAUAUGUAUGACAGUCUCGGGAUUCACUGGGCCUCGUCUGUCCCGGCUUUCCUCACGGUCGGUUGUCUGCCGUUCCCGUUCAUAUUCUAUAAAUAUGGUGAGCAGAUCCGGAAGCGCUGUAAGUAUGCGGCGCAGUCGGCGAUGUACUCGCUGAAGUUGCAGCAGACUGCGUCUCGCUCGUGA